GGUCACUACAGAUCCCAUGAUGCUCUGCGACACAAACCGGGUUCAGUAGUAUGGAGCAGGGGUUCGUAACAAGUGAACACUGAACGCAGCUCGUCUCUUCCAAAUAAGAACCAUGAAAAAACUUUGGGUGAAUGCUGGCAUCAUUGGUUCGGUUUCUGCUGCAUUUGGCUCUAUUCUGUGGUCACAGAAAACAGAUGAGGCCAGUCCAAGUAGAACAUGCAGCACCUCAGAUAGUGACCUUGCCUCUCCUUAUGAGCUUCAACUGGUCCAAGUCUUGUUCCGACAUGGUGCACGGACCCCACUGAAGACUAUUCCUAACAUUAUGGAGGCUCAGUGGGUACCAACUCUCCUGGAGCCUCCCCCACACACCCACAUUGACUUUGUUGUAACAGAUCUCAACGGCGGCCCCAGACCUUUUGCUCCUUUGGAAGAAGACUAUCGGAAAAAUGUCUUGAGCGGCGGCUCAUUUGCCGGUCAGCUGACCACAUUGGGCAUGCAGCAGCUCUAUGAACUGGGCAAAAGGCUGAGGCAGAGAUACAUUGAAGACAGCCCCUUUCUUUCUCCUGCAUUUAGUCCAGCUGAAGUCUACGUUCGUUCUACUAAUAUUUGGAGGACUAUUGAAUCUGCCAAGUGUCUGGUAGCAGGGCUCUUUCAGCAAAAACAAAAAGAGAUUUUGCCGAUAUUAACCACGGAUGCUGAAACUGAAAUACUAUACCCAAACUUCCGUGGCUGCAAGCUGCUCAAAAUUCUUGGCGGCCCCCGCUGGGCAGAGUCGUCCGCGCUGCCAGACAUCGCGGCCGACCUGCGGAGUAUACAGGAGGCGCUGGGCAUCGCGGCCGUGGCGCAGAAAGUCGACUUCAUCCUCAUUAGGGACGACAUGGUUGCCAGAGAGACUCAUGGCCUCCCCUGCCCUCCAGCGUUGGACACUUGGAGAAAUAAAGUGGAGCAGAGAGCUGUUGACAUGAUGUGUUACAUCUAUAACCCUGAAAAAAGGGAGAGCUUGCAGCUGUGUGUAGGUCCACUGUUGCAUAUUGUAUUAAGCAACAUUGAAGAUAAACUGCAGAGAGCUUCAUUGGAGCCGAACAGGAAGUUGUUGCUGUACUCUGUACAUGACACCACGCUAAUCCCAUGUCUCAUGGCCAUGGGAAUCUUUGACAUGAGAUGGCCACCGUAUGCUGCAGACAUCACCCUGGAGCUGUACAAACACAGACAAACCAAUGAAGCCUAUGUCAAAGUCUCAUACAUAGGCCAGGACCAGUUACUUCCUGGAUGCAGUGGAGUCUACUGCCCCCUCCAGGAAUUCAAACAGGUUCUCUCAGCUCACUCCCUGAGCUCUGAUCAUUACCAGUCACUUUGCAAUAGCACAGAGCAUUUACCUAAAUAGUUUACAUCACUCUUAUGUUUUCAACUUGCACCCAAAAUUUUCUUGUUUUAAGACCCCUUGGCCAGCAGUUAUGAUAUACAAUAUCUGUAUUGAAUUAAGUAAAAUGCUAUUUUAGAUACAGUCAGUGGUAUUAUCACUAUUAUCUGUAAAUUCCUGUACCUUCAGCUGUACACUUCAGCACUUUGGUUUAAUUUCCAUGUCCCGUCUGGCACUUUGAACCAUAGACCUCUGGAUAUGAGUCAGUUAACCAAAAAACAUUUGCUCUAUGUAUUAUGACAUAUCCUGACAUCAUGACAGCUUGAGGUGCUUGAUUUAGUUUUAAAACUUGUAUAUUAAAGCAUGUUAGAAAUAUUUAAA